AUGAAUUCAUCAUGUCAUGUAAAUGCUAAUUCAAAUGUAAUUUUAUCAUUUUUUAUUUUUGGUUGUUUAUUUACAAUUAUUGGUACUGUACUUAAUUUUUGUUUAUGUUUACUUUUUUGUCGUGCAAAAUCACUUCUUAAUACACCAUAUGCUGUAUUUAUAAUUGCUUUAUCAAUAGCUGAUAUUAUUAAAUUAACAGCAGAAUAUUUAGUACAUAUUUUAUUUUUUUAUAUUCAACAUCCAUAUUUUGUUUGUUCAAUAACAUGGUUUUUAACAAUGACUAGUGAAAAUUCAUCUUAUGCAUUUCUUUGUGCUUUAGGCAUUGAACGUAAUUUAAAAGUUUGGAAGAUAGAUCGUCGUUGUUUAAUAACUCGACGACGUGCAUUUAUAAUAACUUUCUUGAUUGUUUUAUUUGUGAUUAUAUAUGAUCAUCCAUUUCUUUUUUUCCCAUAUGAUGUAUCAUAUUGUUUUUUUAAAUUAUUUAAUCAAUUAAUAUUAUUUUCAUGUGAUAAUGCAUAUUAUUAUGCAUAUGGUUAUAAAUUUUCAUUAAUUAAUCUAUUAUUUAUUGAAAAUAUUGGUUUAAAUAAUUUAAUAUUACCUAUAUUUAUUAUAUCAACGAAUAUAAGUUUAAUAUUUGGUUUACGUCGUCGUGCAUAUCAACGUCGAUAUCGUUUAGGUCGAACAAAAAAUUAUGAUUGGAAAGAACGAAGUGUUAUACUUUAUAUGUUUCUUUCGAGUUUAGCUUUUCUUUUUUUAACAUCACCCAUUGGAAUUUUAGGUGUUUGGGCAACUAUUCAUGGUCAACAUAUACCAACGAAUAAUUUAGCAUUUAUAUUAGAUUUAUUAGAAAUAAUUCAUCAUUGUUCACAUUUUCCUAUCCUAUUAAUGACAAGUUCAAUAAUUCGUAGAACAACAUUUCAAAUACUUUUUCAACCUCAUUUAUCAAGACAAAAUUCACCAAAUAUUUCAAGACAACCUAUACGAAAACAUUCUCUCUCGUAA